UUUUUUUUUUUUUUUUUUUGCCAGUGUCUAGAUAGGGCUAGGUGCUUUUUGUAAUCCCUUUGCGAUUUCUGUUAAAUCUUAUAUUUGCCUAUUUGCUUUUUCGCGCGCGCCAGGUCGGUGUUAUCAGUUCUGUAUUAUUUAGCCUCUAGUAUACUACUCUGUACUCCACGUUCGGAACGGCUAUUUCGUCGCCUUGGUGCUACGAUGUGAAAUAUAUCCUUGUUUUUGAAGGUUUUUCCUACACUGGCAGGCAGCGUGACCGGCGCAUGAAACCCUCCUAAAUAUGUUUUUUCUUUUUAUUUUUAUUUUCUUUUCAUUGUAAAUGGUAGAUACAAAAUUGUCAGCGGUGAUUAUAAUGUGAAACAAAAAACUCCAAAGGAAGACUACUAAAUGAACAUAUGAUUAGCAAAAUAGUAAAUAUCUGACGGCAUGCCUGAGAUGUCGAUAUCAAGUUCAUACUUCAACAUGCCAAGUCCGCAUUUUUAAAGAAAAUUUUCUAACCGUCACCAUGUUUGAAUGCAGUUCAAUAAAUUUCGCAUUUAAUUACUUUACAUCAAGUUCAUAUGGAACAAACUGCAGUGAUGGGCAGCAAGUAAUCCAUCUAGGCAUUUGAGAGGCAAUGGCAUUGUCUUGAGUAGUGAGUGGAUACUCCAAACUCCGGCAACAUAUUUCCGCACUCGGCACCAUUCUUAACUUUCACCAUCUUCACAACACCAACCGCCAACAACAAACCUCUCUCCCUUCCCCUCCUCCCGCGCGCCAAUGAAGCUGUCUUCUGCCGCAAAGACAGAUUUCACCUCACCAUGCAACCCAUCCCACUAAUAUUCCGGCAAUCCCUUCUCCGCUCAUCCAUAAAUCUCACACGAACAUCCUCCACCACCGCCGCCGCCGCCAAAACAUCCACUCCAAAAUCUAUAACUACAUCUACUACGAGAACAGCACGCCCAAUUGCACUCUUCCAGACAGGUUCUAGUCAGGAACAUCAAUGGCUACCCAGUGCGCCCAAUAACAAUAUCAAUAACAAUGCGUAUGCAUCUGCGUCCGUAUGUUUGCGCUGUCGAUUCCGUGGUCGGUAUUACUCUGUGCAGGGAGGUGGGAAGGGGAUAGAUGGGGAGAAAAAUGAUUCCAUGCCUGUUAAGGAAGACGCGGAGGGGAAUGUAGGAAGGAAAGGGGAUGGGGAGGUACAGGGUGCUUUUAUGAAAAAGGAAUCGGAGGUUGAGUCGGAUUCGUUAGGUGGGGAGAAGCAAGACGGCCUGGACGGAUAUUCAAAGAUGCAACAGCAGGAACAGGAACAGCAUGAACAGAAGCAAAACCAUGCCAAGGGGGAGAGUGAAGAGAACGGGAGUGGGAGUGGGAAUGGGAAUGGGAAUGGGAAUGGAAACUACCGGGGCUUGCCGUCACAGAUUGAAAAGCGCAGAUCGGACCUCUCCAAGCAGUUUACUCGGUUGAUGGAUAAUAUGCAGUCGAACAUUUUCAUUGCGGGUCAGAGGCUGAAUGACCUCACGGGCUAUUCUGCCAUUGAGAAGCUGAAGCAGGAUAUUCUAAUUCAGGAAGAACGAGUCCGCGAAACCCGCAUCCGCGUCCAAGAAGCCAAAAAAGCGUAUUCCGCCGCCAUAAACCGCCGUUCCACCUCACAGCGUGAAGUCAACGAGCUCCUACAACGCAAACACGCCUGGAGCCCUACCGAUCUUGAGCGCUUUACCUCCCUCUACCGCUCGGACCAUGCCAACGAGCGCACCGAGACAAACGCGCAGGAGUCCCUGGUGGCAGCUGAGCGCGAGGCGGAAGAAGCCGCAGCCGUGCUGAGCAAAAGCAUCCUAUCCCGCUAUCAUGAGGAGCAGAUCUGGUCCGACAAGAUCCGCCGCAUGAGUACAUGGGGCACAUGGGGUCUGAUGGGGGUGAAUGUGCUGCUGUUUCUGAUUUUCCAGGUUGCGGUGGAGCCGUGGCGGCGCCGGAGGUUGGUGAAGGGGUUUGAGGAGAAGGUUAUGGAGGCGUUGGAGAGGGAGAAUGGGAUGAAAGAGGGUGUGGGCACCGCUGAAGGCGCUGAUGCUGAUGCUGCUGCCAGUACUACUGCUGCUGCGACCCUCGCUGCUACGCCAGCACAAGUCACCGAGCCAGCUGCUCCCAUAUCCUCCCGUGUCUCAGAGGAGACUCAACCAGGACCAGGACAAGGACCAUUAGAACCCGCCCCGUCCCCCGAACAGGAUAUUCCCGAUCCAGCGGUCAUAUCUACUUCAACACCCUCACUCACCCCCUCACAACCCACUGGACAAUCACCAUCACCACCCUCCACCUCGAUCUUACCCCCAGACGCCUCCCUCUCGCCAGAUUCCUGGCGCCAAACGAUCCAUUACCUCUUCAGUGAACGACGCAUUACGCUAUCCCAACGCGAGCUGACGACGGUCGCGCUUGAGAGCGCGGCGGCUGGUGCAGCCGUGAUGGGCGUGUUGAUUGCUAUAUUUAGACCACGGUGAGGGCGAUAGCGACGGAUUUAUUUCUGAUGAAGAUAGGAAAGUAUUUCAUGUGUAUUUGCUGGGUUAGAUAGAUUUUUUUUUUUUUUUUUUUUUUUUUUUUUGCAUUUAAACCCUACCCUCGAGUUUCCCCUUUUUCGAUGUAUUCUCUCUUCUUGUUCCAUUAUAUUUUCCUUUGUUUUAUAUCAUAUAAUAUCUAUACAAAAUACUCGUCGCCAUGCAGUUGGUUACACAUGGCUAGUGAUGAUGGGAGAAGGAAAAAUUUAUAUUAUAUACUUAAAGAAUAUAGCCUCCCGAAAAUUUUCCUUUAAUCUACUUCGAUUAACCAUAGUUUAAUAUCGCGUGUAAAUAGUUUUAACCUUGGGCGAGUUCCAAGGUUCCACGAAAGUCUAGAGAAGAGUUGUUUAUUGCAUAUAUACGGCCACUCGGCGAACAGCAAGGAAAAUUCACUGUACAUGCA